AUGGUUCAAGGAUUUACCACUAUUGGCGAACUACAGGGUUACUGGAGGAACUGUGAAGACGUCUAUCUGAAAUCCAAAUCCUCGGAACACUAUCAGAAUCUUGUCGAGCCGUUGACACAAGUAUACUCCUAUAUGCUAGAGUACCAAAUCCGUGCUAUCUGCCAUCUAUCCAAGAAACAAUUGAGCCGUGCGUGGGCCAAGGUUACUGGGUAUGAUGACUGGGCUAGCAAAGAAGCCAACAUUGUCAGGAUUAGCAACCAGUGCCUUGCAAAUAUUGGCCCUCUGGAAACGAACGAACUUCGAAAGACUUUUGAAACUCAUAUGCAGAAACUGGACCGCAUGGUUGAAGUGGGAACAAAUAUUGUCAAAACCAUGGAUGACCAUCGGCGACAAGAUGGAGAAGACAAGCUCUCAAAAAGGCGGCGAAGAACUAUCGAGGUGGUAUGGAAUAUAACCCGGAUCCGGUAA